ACCGUCAGCCUUCCUGCUGCUGGGCCUGCUGUGUUCAUCCGGCUCAACACCUUGUUCUCUCAGACCACGUGAGCGAACGAGUUUGGCGUGUUUGAGUCUGACUGGGAAAAAAGCCUUGAAAGUGCCGUUAAUUUUUUGCAUGACGAGCUGCUGAAUACGAACCAGUCUCACACCAUUGCCAUCACCUUGCCCUUGUGAAGGCAGAUAUGGAUAAAGUUUUCAAAGCUGAUAGAAAAUUGAAAGCACUCACAUCCUGUGACGAUGACCUCUUCAAACAAGGAGCUGAACCCACAGAAUUAUGUGACCAACAAAGCCUGAGCCUUUUGCUUCACAAUGCAGUCCAGAUCCCUCGGCAGCUGGGUGAGGUACCUUCAUUUGGAGGCAGCAACAUUGAACCAAGUGUCCGCAGUUGCUUCCAACAUGGCCAGAACAAACCAGAGAUUGAUGAUAAACACUUUGUAGAGUGGAUGAGAUUGGAGCCUCGGUCCAUGGUGUGGCUGCCUGUUCGACACCGUGUGGCAGCUGCUGAAACUGCAAAACAUCAGGCUAAGUGUAACAUCUGCAAAGAGUACCCACUCGUAGGUUUCAGGUGCCGCAGCCUCAAACACUUAAAUUAUGACAUCUGCCGAAGCUGUUUCUUUUCGGGACGCACAUCCAAGGGGCACAAGUUACAUUACCCAAUGGUGGAGUACUGCACUUCAGUGAGUAAUACAUUGUUCCACUUGAUAGAAUUAUUCCGAUCUGUGGAAACUUAG